AUGACUUCUUCCGUUGACUCUAUCCGCCCCGACAGCGGUGCUAGAGCUGGCGCCCGCACUCCGACCGGCACUACCCAAGCUCCGACUAGCAUUGACGCAUCGGAGCUUUCCCCUCCUGGGUCCCAAACACGCCAGCAGACUGCUGCCUCUAUGGGCAACAUUGGAACCACGCUUGCAGACCGCAGAGCACAGCCCGCGGACACGGCGCCGGAGCCGAUUAUCGCCUCGUGGAAGAGCAAACGUGCUCAAGAGGAUUACCAGCGUGCUAUGGAGUUUGUGGUAGACAAGGACUUCAAUCUAGAUGAAUUUGGGGACCCAUUUGAUCAACGGGACUUGACGGAGUCGCUGUUCUCAAUCUCGAAAUAG